AUGCUUAUUGAGGAUUAUUUCUUUCUCAUUUCUAUUCCUAACCCUUCCAAGGAGUCCAGCAUGGAAGAGUUUAAAGAUGCAAGUUCACCUGAAGAACUACUUGAUCACUUAAAGCUUUCUGAUCAGAAGUCUUCAGAGACUAGCCCCAAAGAUGCACAGAAUCCCCAAAACACUGGAAGUGGAUAUACACUAUCUUCCGCCAAAGAUCCCACAACAGCAGAUGAGUGUUUCCAUGACUGUCACGACUCCUUUGAGGCAAAAGAACCUAUGCUGGAUGAUGAAGGGAACUUACGGAAUGAUGCAAAUAGCUCAAGGAAGCAGACAGAACUAGAUGAAGAAUACUUACUAGAACUAGAAAAAGAUAUGCCAGAGGAAGAAAAACAGAAAAGAAGAAAGGAGAGCACAAUGCUGAAGGAGAAAGGAAAUGAGCAGUUCAAGAAAGGAGACUAUGGAGAGGCAGAAGACUCUUACACGAAGGCUCUGCAGAUUUGCCCAGCCUGCUUUCAAAAAGAUAGGGCUGUUUUGUUUUCAAACAGAGCUGCUGCAAAAAUGAAACAGGACAAGACAGACGCUGCCCUGAGUGACUGCAGCAAAGCGGUGGAAUUAGAUCCUAACUAUAUCAGAGCUCUGCUGAGGAGAGCAGAACUGUAUGAAAAAACAGAAAAACUAGAUGAAGCUCUGGAAGAUUAUAAGGCAGUCCUAGAAAAAGACCCAUCAGUUCAUCAAGCCAGAGAAGCUUGUAUGCGAUUACCUGGACAAAUUGAAGAGCGGAAUGAAAAAUUAAAGAAAGAAAUGUUAGGCAAACUGAAGGAUCUGGGGAAUUUGGUUCUUCGCCCCUUUGGCCUGUCAACAGAAAAUUUUCAGAUCAAACAGGAUUCAUCAACUGGUUCAUACUCCAUCAAUUUUGUUCAAAAUCCAAACAACAAUAGAUAACAUGAGGUCAGUCUAGUUCUGCUGGCUUUCAGGCUUCGUGUCCGUGUGCUUGCACGUACCAGUAAAAGGAUUCAGCAAACGUUCUUCACGCUCCUCGAGUGAAGAUAAGACUCAAGCAUAUUCAUUUCCCUGCCUGCGAAAUUAUUUACAGUGUGGAUGUCAAGCAAGUCAUUUGAUUUCUCAUAGUGGUAACUCUGCCCAGUGUGUGAUUUUUUUCAC